CCAGCCCGCGGCUCCCUGCUGUUCUGGAGAUUGCAUUCUGCUGCAGCUGGUGGACCGAUCCUGUCUGGGAGCGGCGUGGGGGCUCAGAGUAGGUGGGCGCUGAGGGCCCAGCGCACCAGGGAAGCCGAGGUCGUGGGGCCGGCGCUUUCUUCCGCGUCCCGCCGCACUCCUGGGGCGGGCGGCGUUCCCUGGGCGGAAGAGAAGUUUCAGCCACGUGUCCUGGGCGACGCCAGACUUUUACUUGUUACAAAUUGAUGGAUUUUUCAUCUCUCAACUAACAGUAUUGGAGCUGUAAAAUCAUCAGAUUUGAAACAAAUCUGUAUUUAUGAAGAGUGACUGCAUGCAAACCACAACAUGUCAAGAAAGAAAAAAAGAUCCAAUAGAAAUGCUUCAUUCUGGGCAGCUGGUAAAAGUCUGCGCCCCAAUGGUGCGAUAUUCAAAGUUGGCUUUUAGAACACUGGUAAGAAAAUACAGUUGCGAUCUGUGCUAUACGCCAAUGAUAGUUGCUGCUGAUUUUAUCAGAUCUAUAAAAGCCAGAGACAGUGAAUUUACCACAAACCAAGGUGAUUGCCCAUUGAUUGUUCAGUUUGCUGCUAAUGAUGCAAGAAUUUUAUCUGAUGCUGCUCGUAUAGUCUGUCCUUAUGCGAAUGGAAUAGACAUUAACUGUGGUUGUCCUCAGAGGUGGGCAUUGGCAGAAGGUUAUGGAGCUUGCUUAAUAAACAAUCCAGAGCUUGUUCGAGACAUGGUGAAACAAGUAAGAAAUCAAGUGGAAAACCCCAGAUUUUCAGUAUCUAUUAAAAUAAGGAUCCAUGAUGACCUUACAAGAACUGUAGAUCUUUGUCGAAAGGCUGAAGCGACAGGGGUUUCCUGGAUUACAGUCCAUGGAAGAACUGUUGAAGAAAGACAUCAGCCAGUUCACUAUGAGGCCAUUAAAAUAAUUAAGGAAAGUAUGUCUAUACCUGUAAUUGCUAAUGGAGACAUCAGAAGCUUAAAAGAAGCAGAAAAUGUGUGGCAUAUUACUGGGACAGAUGGUGUGAUGGUUGCAAGAGGACUCUUGGCCAACCCGGCCAUAUUUGCUGGAUAUGAGGAAACCCCACUGAAAUGCAUCUGGGACUGGGUUGACAUUGCUCUUGAACUUGGAACUCCUUAUAUGUGUUUCCAUCAACAUUUAAUGUACAUGAUGGAAAAGAUAACUUCGAGGCAGGAAAAAAGAAUAUUUAAUGCUUUGUCAAGCACGUCAGCAGUCUUAGAUUACCUUACAGACCAUUAUGGGAUUGACUGGACUUCCUAAAUUAUUUUCUGUCUUUAGUGAAACCACCCAGGGUCACAUCUUGGUUUUCACUUUGAAUCAGUGGCUCUCAAACAUUAGUAUAAAAACAAUGCCCUGACAGAAUUUUUAAAAGUCAUUCCUAGACCAUAUCCUCAGAGAUUCUAAUUCAGUAAAUCUCUAGGGUGGACCCAAAAUUUAGUGUUAAAGAAGACCCCAGGUGGUUCAAACAUUGACAAACAUUGCUCUGAAUCCUAUUAUGGAUUUAAAACUGUAAGAAUUUUUUUCUUAAAGGAAUCAUGUUUUUAACAUUUUUAAAUAAAUAAAACUUUUUAUUUUGAUACUAAAAGUAUGACUCAUGGUAUCCGUAAGUUAACAUUAGGUAUGUUUUAAAUGAAAAUAAGAGCAGAGAAGUGUGAACAAAUUCCAACAUCUGUAUAAAAUGAAAAGGAACAAGAAAUUCUGUAUAGAAUUGCAUUCAGGGCUUAAAUUAAAAGUUCAAAUUGGAAAAUCAAACUGCUACUUCCUAAUGCAUGAAUUACACACCUCAAGGUAUUUCUUUU